CAAAAUAAUAAUAAUAAUAAUUAAUAAUAAUAAUAAUAAUAAAUAAUAGAUAGAGUUUAAUUAACCUGUCCAUAUCAUGCAGCUAUUAUGUGGCAGGGCUGGGAUUUGAACCCCGUUCCGUUCGUCUCCAGAACCCAAGAUCCUAACCAUUGCAGACUAUCAUUUUCCAUGGGGGUGUAAUUUCAGCUCCCAUUUACUUAAAUGGGGCCUCUGUUUUCUGGGCAGCCCUGAAUUCAUCCAUACGCACACGUCCAUUCUCCCUGGAAAAAGGUACGAAAUGUCAGCAUGAUUUCUUACGGAUUUUUCCAGACUGGAAGAGAUUGAAUGGGGUCAUUUCAUUCCUCCCACUACCUCUGCCCUGGACCGGGCUCAGCCUUCUGGAAGGAAGCCUGCAAACUCCGACUCUGUGCCUCUCGGUGAAAUGAAACCCUGAGAAACGUCCCUGACUCCUCCCGGGGAAGGGCAGCAAGCAGUGUCGGGUCCUCGUGUGUCUAAGGUUACACGGCAAGCGCGGAGGUGCUUGCUGGGCUCUGGGCAACGUAAUGAUGUGUACAUCUCAGUUCCUGCCCCCAAGUGAUGUCCAUGAAAGAAGUGGGUGAUGGCUUGCAGGAUCAGAUGAACUGCAUGAUGGGGGCGCUGCAAGAACUGAAGCUCCUGCAGGUGCAGACGGCCCUGGAGCAGCUGGAGAUCUCUGGAGGGGGUCCUGCCCCAGGCUGCCCAGGAAGCCCGGGGACGCAGCCCGAGCCCCCUCGAUGGGAGGGUGGCAAAGGUCCUGCCAGCCCCCUGGCCUGCUCCCCCUCCAACCCACCUGCACUUGGCAGCAGCACCAAGUUCCCGUCGCAUAGGAGUGUCGGGGGGAGGGAUCUGGCGCCCCUGCCCAGGACACGGCUGCCAGAGCACCAGAGCUGUGCCCCGCAGGCGCCAGAGCUGGGGGAGCUGGAUGACUGGACCUCCACACUGAUGUCCCGAGGCCGGAAUCGACAGCCUCUGGUGUUAGGUGACAACGUCUUUGCGGACCUGGUGGGCAACUGGCUGGACCUGCCAGAACUGGAGAAGGGUGGGGAUCGGGGUGACAGCGGGGACGCAGGCGCGCCCAAGGCAGGGAGGGCGCAGCCACGGGAGCUGGGCCGCAGGUUCGCCCUCACAGCCAACAUCUUUAGGAAGUUCUUGCGUAGCGUGCGGCCAGACCGCGACCGGCUGCUGAAGGAGAAACCGGGCUGGGUGACACCCACAGCCCCUGAGCCCCGAGCCGGACGCUCGCAGAAGGUGAAGAAGCGCAGCCAUUCCAAGGGCUCAGGACACUGCCCCUUCCCCGGCGCCACGGAGCCCAGACGGGGGGAGAUCCCCCCCGCGGGCUGCCCCAAGGCCCUGGAAUCCUCUCCCUCUGGCUUUGAUAUUAACACAGCUGUUUGGGUCUGAAUCCUAGAGUCAGAAAGUGGACUGAACCCCAAAGGGCCAGGUCCCGGGAAAGAGGCCGGGCUGGUGGUGUGGCUCUCAAAAGCCCAACUCCAAGUCCCUUCCCCCUGGGACGGAGGAGAAGCCGGAGGCUCUGGAGCAGGGCUCCCUGUGGUUGGCAGAGGCCGUGGCAGGGGCCUGGCUGGUGGGGGAGGUGAGUGUUCCUGGUCAGAGAGAGAGAGAAAGAGUGUGUGUGUCUGUGUGUGUGUGUGUGUGUUGCUCAUUUUGGGGCUGGAGGUGACAGCAGGGGAGGGGCUGGGGAGGAGACCAGGAAAUCCUGACAUUCCUUCGCUGCCCCCAAAGGUCUCGGUUGAACAUCCUGCAUGGAUCGGGACAUUGGGGCCUCAGGUUCCCCAGAGAUGCUGUCAAUAAAGACUUUGUCUCUUGUGUCCCCAACCUUA